AUGAAGAUAAAGAACAAAGGCAAAGUGCACCCAUCUCCUUCUUCUUCCUCCUCCUCCUCAUCCAACUCUGAUGGGUUUGUUCUCUCUGUGCUUCAGCUCCUCCCAGCUGCCAUUUUAGCUCUGGCCUCGGCCCUCUCCCUCGAGGACCGCGAGGUCUUGGCUUACUUGAUAACCCGGUCCAUGAAAACCACCCCCAAUAUUUCUUCGAUCCCGGCCCAAGACCCCAAGAAGAAAUCUUCCAAGAAAGGUCCCAAGUCCACCAGCGCCAGCACCCACCAGCCCCCAAUGUUCGAUUGCGACUGCUUCGACUGCUACAGAAGCUACUGGUUCAAAUGGGACUCUUCCCCCAACCGCGAGCUCAUCCACCAAGCCAUCGAAGCCUUCGAAGAUCACCUGGCCAACGGCGAGAAGACCAAGAAGAACAGCGGCAGAGGCAAGAGAAGAGACAAGUUGAGCCGUCGCGAGGCCCCGAAACCAGUCGAUGUUGCUGCCCAAGAUUCUAUCUUUCUGGAAGAGAACGCUCAAGUUUCACAUGAGCUUGCCGUUGAAAGCUCUGCUUCUGCUCUGUUGCCGGAAAACGACGUGGUUUUGGUGGGUUCGAAUGAGAAAGCGGAUGGGGUCGAAGAAAAUGAGGGGAAAGUGGAAGACUUGGGUGCGGAGGUUAACUUAGAGCCUCCGGGGACGGCGGAUGACGUGGCGAUGAUUGCACAGACGGCGUCGGCGAGCAACCACAGGGGAUUGGCUAGGAAAGUGCUGCCGGACGUGUUGGGCCUGUUUAAUUCUCGUUUGUGGAACCUUUGGAGUCCGAAUGUCUAG